AAUUGAGUGUGUGUGUUUGUGUGCAACAUUUGCACCCCAAAACAUAAAGUUUAUAAAAAUAAUUUGACUAAAAUUUAUAAUUAAAUUAACAAGUUUAUUAAUUUAUUUAUAAAUCAGUUAUACAAAUUGUGUAAUAAUGGGUGUACCAGCAUUUUUUCGCUGGCUUAGCCGCAAGUAUCCAGCGGUUAUUGUUGAAUGCAUUGAGCAAAAGUCAAUAACUGCUGAUGAUGUUACGGUGCCAAUUAAUUCAGUUGAACCGAAUCCGAAUGGUGUUGAAUUUGAUAAUUUAUAUCUGGACAUGAAUGGUAUAAUACAUCCUUGUACACAUCCUGAAGACAAGCCUGCUCCAAAAACUGAGGAUGAAAUGAUGGAAGCAAUAUUUGAAUGUAUCGAUAGAUUAUUUUGUAUUGUACGUCCACGAAAAGUUUUGUAUAUGGCAAUUGAUGGUGUUGCACCACGUGCUAAAAUGAAUCAACAACGCUCAAGAAGAUUUCGUGCAUCAAAAGAAACAUCUGAAAAACUCAAUGAAAUGGAUCGUAUACGUUCAGAGUUGGCAUUGAAAGGUGCAUUUUUACCACCAGAAAAACCAAAAGGUGAUCAUUUUGAUAGUAAUUGUAUAACACCUGGUACUCCAUUUAUGGCAAGGCUAUCAACAUGCCUACAUUAUUAUAUUCAUGAAAGGCUAAAUAAUGAUCCAGGCUGGCGAGGUAUUAAAGUUAUAUUGAGUGAUGCAAAUGUACCAGGUGAAGGUGAACAUAAAAUAAUGGAUUUUAUACGUAAACAAAGAGCACAACCAGAUCAUGAUCCAAAUACACAACAUGUAUUAUGUGGUGCUGAUGCUGAUUUAAUUAUGUUGGGUUUAGCAACACAUGAACCAAAUUUUACAAUAAUACGUGAAGAAUUUAAACCAAAUAAACCACGUCCAUGUGAUAUAUGUGGACAACUUGGUCAUGAAAUGAAAGAUUGUACUGGUAGUGAACCAGAUCAAAAAAAAGAAGAUGCUGCAUUUGGCUCAGAGUGUCAAUUUAUAUUUGUACGUUUAAAUGUAUUACGUGAAUAUUUAGAAAGAGAAUUAGAAAUGCCAAAUUUACCAUUUAAAUAUGAUUUUGAACGUGCAAUUGAUGAUUGGGUAUUUAUGUGUUUUUUUGUUGGUAAUGAUUUUUUACCACAUUUACCAUCAUUAGAAAUACGUGAAGCAGCUAUUGAUAGACUUGUUAAAUUAUAUAAAAGUACUGUUUAUAAAACUGGUGGUUUUUUAACAGAUAGUGGUGAUGUUAAUCUUGAUAGAGUACAAAUGAUAUUAUCUGAACUUGGUGAUAUGGAAGAUGAAAUAUUUAAAAAAAGACAACAAACUGAAUUAUCAUUUAAACAACGUGAAAAAAAUAAAAAACGUAGAACAGAUGCUAUUAGUAAUUUUCAACCAAAAUGGAUACCAACUGGACAAUUUGCACCAAAUUUACUUGGUCAAGAUAUUAAACCAAUACAAAAUCCAAGAUAUGAAGCAUAUCAAAUGCGUAUGCAAGGAAGAGAUUAUAAUACAAGUGCUGCUGAACGUUCUGUUAAAAACCUUGAUAGUAAAAGUGCACUUGAAUCAAUGCUUGUUCCUGAAGGUACAACAAAUUCUAGGAAAAGAAGUUUUAAUGAAGUUGAUACAGGAGUAGAAGAAGAAGAAGAAGAUGAUCAAGCACAUGAUGAAGUACGUUUAUGGGAAGAUGGUUUUAAAGAUCGUUAUUAUGAAUCAAAAUUUGAUGUAUCAGCUGAUAAUUUACAAUUUAGAAAUAAUGUUGCAUUACAAUAUGUACGUGGUUUGUGUUGGGUAUUAAGAUAUUAUUAUCAAGGUUGUGCAUCAUGGAAAUGGUAUUUUCCAUAUCAUUAUGCACCAUUUGCUAGUGAUUUUAUAAAUAUUAGUGGUUUAUCAACUGAAUUUGAAAAAGAUACAGUACCAUUUCGUCCAUUAGAACAAUUAAUGGGUGUAUUUCCAGCAGCAAGUUCUGGACAUGUACCAUCACCAUGGGCACCAUUAAUGAGUGAUCCAAAAUCAACAAUUAUUGAUUUUUAUCCAGAAGAUUUUAAAAUUGAUUUAAAUGGUAAAAAAUUUGCAUGGCAAGGAGUUGCAUUAUUACCAUUUGUUGAAGAACAAAGAUUAUUUAAAGCACUUGAGCCAUAUUAUAAUGAAUUAACUGAAGCUGAAAAAAAACGUAAUGUUAGAGGUGAUGAUAGAUUAUAUGUAUCAACAUCAAAUAGUGGUUAUAAUUUUAUAAAAGGUCUUUAUACAAAUAAUAUUGAUUUUGAUAAACAAACAGAAAUAUCAAUUGAUGGAAUGCGUGGUACUGUAUUAAUUGCUGAAGAUUGUGUUGGUGAAGGUGCAACAUUACCAUCACCAAUAAAAGGAAUACCAGUUCGUAAUAAUGCUGUUUAUUGUGUUAGAUAUCGUGAUCCAAAAUUUGAUAGUGGUUUUAUAUUCCCAGCUAAAAGAUUAAAAGGUGUUAAAGAACCACCAAGAGUAUUAAAACCACAAGAUUUUGAACAAAUGAAUCGUGGUACUGAUAAUAGAUGGUCACCAAGAAUUGGAUUUACUCAAUCAAAUCAAAAAGCAUCACUUGGUGAUGCUGGUCAUCGUAUGAUUGGACAUUAUGCAAAUUCCAAUAGAAAUCAAGGACAAUCAGGACAAUAUUCACAUGUUCCACCACCUCAAAAUUCUUAUCAACAACGCGGAUAUUCAAGUGGAUAUCAAACAAGCACUGGUGCUGCAAGAGGAUACAGUAGUCAAUCGGGUGGUAAUUUUGGCAAUCGUUCACAACAAAAUUACAAUUCACAAGGUCCUCGAAUGAAUAAUUAUGGAAAUAAUUCUGGAGCACAAGGAUAUGGACAAGGUUAUGGACAACAAAAUUAUCAACAAAGAAAUCAACAUGGAAAUCAACAACAACGUAAUAAUCGUUAUCAAAAUUCUGGACAAAACAAUCAAAGGAAUCAGCAAUCAAAUCGUUUUGGAAAUAAUCGUGGUGGUGGUAGUAGUGGUGGUGCAAGUGGUCUUUAUCGAAACAGUUACUAAUAGAAAAAAAAAGCAAAAAUAAUUAUUUGACUAUAGUACUAUUGCAACUUGCUUAAUUUCAUAUCAAUUAUUUUUCACAUUUUUAGUUUAACGACAAAUGCAUUUUCAUGAAAAACUAUAAAUUACAAUUUUUAUAAUUAUAUUAAAUAACGAAAUAAAUAAAAUAAUCAUAAUUAAAUUCAUUUGACGUAAAUUUUUUUAAAAUCACGAUAUUUGUAAAAAAAAAAAAACAAUUGUAAAUUAAUAAUUAUUUUGUCAAUGUGUAAAUUUGUAUUUAAAUAUAUUGAAUGCAUUUACUUUUUUCAUUUGUAUUAAUUACAAAUUAAAUAUUAUAAUGAAAUAAAAUCGUAUGAUAAUAAUAAAAAAUACGUUUUUAA